GGCCGGGUCGAGGGGCUCCCGGCAGACACCGCGCCGCGGCUGCGCAGUCCGGGGGAGGCUUUUAAUUCCAUUGUGGAGAGGACGGCGUUAUUUUUAUUAACUGGAGGCGACGGCGGCUGCGGCGGCGGCGGUACCCCCAGGCCUCCUCCGGGGUAUGAAAAUCGGCAGCGGGUUCCUGAGCGGCGGCGGCGGCGGCGGCAGCAGCGGUGGUAGCGGCUCCGGCUCGGGCUCCGGCUCCGGCGGCGGCGGCGGCGGCAGGAGGGCAGAGAUGGAGCCCAGCUUCCCGCAGGGGAUGGUCAUGUUCAACCACCGGCUCCCCCCGGUCACCAGCUUCACCCGGCCGGCCGGCUCGGCGCCCCCGCCCCCGCCCCCGCAGUGCGUGCUGCCCUCCUCUACCUCCGCAGCCCCGGCCGCCGAGCCCCCCCCUCCGCCGGCCCCGGACAUGACUUUCAAGAAGGAGCCGGCGGCGCCCGGCGCGGCCUUCCCGGCGCAGAGGACCUCCUGGGGCUUCCUGCCGUCCCUGGCCAGCAUCAAGCAGGAGAAGCCCGCCGAGCCCGACGAGCCGCAGGCCCACCACCACCACCACCACCACCACCACCACCACCACUACGGGGGGCUGUUCGCCGGGGCCGAGGAGCGCUCCCCGGGCCUCGCAGGCGGGGAAGGGGGCGGCCACGGCGUCAUCCAGGACCUCAGCCUGCUGCACCCGCACGCCCCUCAGCAGCCCGCCCCGCACCCCCGCGACGUGCUGCUGAGCAGCGGCGGCCGGACUGAGGAGCACCCUGGCCCCGACGAGCCAAAGCAGGACGCCAGCGUCAAAAAGGCAAAGAGGCCAAAGCCAGAAUCUCAGGGAAUCAAGGCCAAGAGGAAGCCGAGCGCAUCUUCCAAACCUCCCGGGGGCGGGGAGGGAGACGGGGCCAUCCUCUCGCCCAGCCAGAAACCUCAUAUCUGCGAUCACUGCAGCGCUGCUUUCCGGAGCUCCUACCACCUGCGGAGGCACGUCCUCAUCCACACGGGCGAACGGCCUUUCCAGUGCAGCCAGUGCAGCAUGGGCUUCAUCCAGAAAUACCUGCUGCAGAGGCACGAGAAGAUCCACAGCCGCGAGAAGCCCUUCGGGUGUGACCAGUGCAGCAUGAAGUUCAUCCAGAAGUACCACAUGGAGAGACACAAGAGGACGCAUAGUGGAGAAAAGCCAUAUAAAUGUGACACUUGCCAGCAGUAUUUCUCAAGGACUGACCGGCUGUUGAAGCACAGGCGCACGUGUGGUGAAGCCAUAGCUAAAGGAGCCGCUGGUGCAGAACCCGGGUCAUCAAACCAUACCAGUAUGGGAAGCCUGGCUGUGUUGUCUCAGGGAAAUACAAGUUCUUCGAGGAGGAAGACGAAGUCGAAAAGCCUCGCUGUUGAAAACAAGGAGCAUAAGACUGGGAAAGCCAACGAAUCGCAACUGGCCAACAACAUAAGCCUGCAGAGUUACUCCGUGGAGAUGCCCACCGUGUCUUCCAGCGGAGGCAUCCUUGGCACCGGCAUCGAUGAACUACAGAAAAGGGUGCCAAAACUGAUCUUUAAGAAAGGGAGCCGAAAGAAUACAGAUAAAAGCUACCUUAAUUUUGUGUCGCCGUUGCCAGAGAUAGUUGGGCAGAAGUCCUUGUCUGGGAAGCCAAGUGGCUCACUUGGCAUCGGCUCAAAUAAUAGCGUGGAGGCCGUCGGUCUUCUCCAAAGUACAAGCGGCAAGCAAGGUCAAAUGAGUAGUAAUUAUGAUGAUGCCAUGCAGUUCUCAAAGAAAAGAAGAUACUUACCAACUGCCAGCAGCAACAGUGCCUUUUCUAUAAAUGUAGGACACAUGGUCUCCCAACAGUCCGUCAUUCAGUCUGCAGGUGUCAGUGUUUUGGACAAUGAGGCCCCAUUGUCACUUAUUGACUCCUCAGCGCUCAGUGCUGAGAUCAAGUCUUGUCAUGACAAGUCUGGAAUUCCUGAUGAGGUUUUACAAAGUAUUUUGGAUCAGUACUCCAACAAGACCGAAAACCAGAAGGAGGAUCCUUUCAACAUAGCGGAACCACGAGUGGAUUUACACACCUCAGGAGAACACUCGGAACUGGUUCAGGAAGGAAAUUUGAGUCCGGGCGCCCAAACGCCUUCAAACGAUAAGGCAGUCGUGCUGCAAGAAUACUCCAAAUACCUCCAACAGGCUUUUGAAAAAUCUUCCAAUGCAGGUUUUUCUCUUGGACACAGUUUCCAGUUUGUCGGUUUGUCCUCACCUCUCCACAACCACACUUUAUUUCCAGAAAAACAGAUAUACACUACGUCUCCUUUGGAGUGUGGUUUCGGCCAAUCUGUUACCUCAGUGUUGCCAUCGUCAUUGCCAAAGCCUCCUUUUGGGAUGUUGUUUGGAUCUCAACCAGGUCUUUAUUUAUCUGCUUUGGAUGCUACACAUCAGCAGUUGACACCUUCCCAGGAGCUGGAUGAUCUGAUAGAUUCGCAGAAGAACUUAGAGACUUCAUCAGCCUUCCAGUCAUCUCAGAAACUGGCUGGCCAGAAGGAACAGCAGAAAAACUUAGAGUCCUCAACAAGCUUUCAGAUUCCAUCUCAGGAGUUAGCUAGCCAGAUAGAUCCUCAGAAAGACAUAGAGCCUAGAACAACGUACCAGAUUGAGAACUUUGCACAAGCGUUCGGUUCUCAGUUUAAGUCGGGCAGCAGGGUGCCAAUGACUUUUAUCACUAACUCUAAUGGAGAAGUGGACCAUAGAGCAAGGACUUCAGUGUCAGAUUUCUCAGGGUACACAAACAUGAUGUCUGAUGUAAGUGAGCCAUGUAGUACAAGAGUAAAGACGCCCACCAGCCAGAGUUACAGGUAAGGUCCCCAGAGCGACCAGGCUGGAGGUCUUCUGAUGUAAUUUUGUUUUAUUUCGAGAACACUGCCAUUGGAAUGUUUCUACACGAUCCUAUUAAGAAUAAUGUAAUGCCCUUUCAAUGCAACUUUUCAUAUUUAGUUUAUUUUGUUAGCGUGAUGUUAGCUCUGUUUGUAUUAUGAUUUUUAAUCAAAAUCAAUAGACUAAAAUAGUUUGACAUUCAAAGUGACAAUGUUUAGCAAUCAAAUUUACAUGUAUAGAUUGUCAGGGAAUAGCCCAAAAGUUUUAAAUGAAAAAAAAAAAAAAACCUAUAAAAAAACACAAAACAACAACAACAACAAAAAAAAAACAAACAAAAAAACUUCAUUGCUAGGAUUAAGGUAAACUUAAUUGUUUUACUCUCAGGAAAGUGUAAUAACGCAUGGAAACUGUACGUUAUCACUGUAUUGGAAUAUCCAAUUUACAGAUAGUAUGGUAUACAUUUUUAAGUAAGGAAUUGAAAACAUUUCAAAUUGCUCUCUUUGGGCUGAUAAUACAUUUCAUCAUUUUCGUAAAGGAUCGAAAACAUUUCAAAUUGCUGUCUCCAGCUGGGCUGAUCCAAAAUUCGGAGAUGUUGGCUACCUGUAUUGUGUUGCAGCUUUUUAAAUGUACUCUGAACUUCCAAACUACAUUCAUUCCAGCCUGGUAGAACACAUAUUCUUGGAUCUUUGAUCAAAGCCUGGAAUGAUAGCUUUAAUAAAAGAAAAAGGGAGAACAAAAUCCUCUCUUUAUCCCAAUGAAACAGGGCCGUAGUUCCAUUAAGAGUCUUGCUGCUGACAUCCAGCACCAUGGUUGAAGCCCAAGUGGUUGGUCGGUUCUAGUAUUAGAACCAAGUUGGAAUGAAAUAAUUCUCUGGAAUUUGGGUAUGCAUUAUUUAUUAUACAUGGCCUACAAAAAAUUGUUCUCUUGCUUACGCUGUUACAUAUAGCCCACACUUUUGUUUUUUAUGUUCUUGUUCUAACCUACCUUCUUAGAGUUCUGCGUCUGCCUUGUUCCUUGUUCUCCCUGUCUUGACAGUUUGGAUUUUAGAGUGAUUUACAUUCCAGUAGGUAAUGUAUUAUGCAUUUUACAUGCCUUUGGGCAUCCAAAUACUAAACAAUAGGAUACACAUCCUCUCCCUAUCUUUUACUUUUUUUUUUUCUUUUUUAAACAAAGCCCAUACAGAUUUCCAUGUAUAAUGAAACCUCACAGGUUAGAGCUAUAGCUAUUAAUAAGAUGAUUUGGACUGGUGACAGAGCUAGUGUGAGGGAUAAGAGUGUGUCUGCAUUUAGUCAUGACAUCAGAACCUCUUUGUGAAAUUGCACCCUUUAAUGUACAUUUUCAAAGGAUGCAUUAGUCAGUAUUGUACAGGGGUCUUGUAAAGUCAUCAGAACUUGCUAUGAAUGCUAAUUGCCAUUUGAAGCUACUGAUAGACAGUGGCUCUGCUCUAAACCACUUUUUAGCAAUUGUAUUUUUUUCCUGAUUAUAUUUUUUAAUGUACUUUGAUGUUUAUGCUGAUGAGUUUUUUAUGUACUUUUGGUGAUGUUUCAGUCUUAUGUACUCUUCUGGCGUCAGAAAAGUACCACUGGUUGUUUGCAGUCUUAUUGUGUAAUCAGCCUCCCACAGGCUUCCAUGUAUAAUAAAGUAAUUAAUAUUGUGCAAGUGUAAAACACUUCUGUUAUGAAAGCAGUGUUUGGAAAAUAAGAAAUUAUUAAAAAUGGUUACAAAAUA